AUGUCCAACCUCACUCUCCCUGAACCCUUCGCCUCCAUCCCCCGGUCUUCCCUCCUUCUCGGCCCCUCGCCAAUCCACCCCCUCCCCCGCAUCAGUGCCGACUUGGCCAAGACCUCCCCCCACCACGUUGCCAUCUACGCCAAGCGCGAUGAUUUGAAUUCCGCUUAUGCUUAUGGCGGCAACAAGACUCGCAAGUUGGAGUAUCUCCUCGCCGACGCCCAGGCUCAGGGAUGCGACAUGCUCGUUUCUAUCGGUGGUGUGCAGAGUAACCAUACGCGUCAGGUGGCUGCUGUUGCUGCGCGCUCUGGGAUGAAGGCGAGACUUGUCCAGGAGCAUUGGGUUGAUUGGGUUGAUCCUGGUUAUGAGACUACGGGUAAUAUUCAAUUGUCCAAGCUUAUGGGCGCCGAUGUUAGGCUUGAUCCUUCCACUUUCGGGAUUGAGCAUAAGUCGACUGCGCAGGCUGUUGUUGAGGAGUCCAAGGCCAACGGGGAGAAGCCUUAUUAUAUCCCUGCUGGUGCUUCGGAUCAUCCGCUUGGUGGGUUGGGCUUUGCGCGGUGGGCUUUGGAGGUUCGUGAGCAGGAGCAGGAGCAGGGGAUCUUCUUUGAUACUGUGUUGGUGUGUGCUGUGACUGGCUCGACCUUUGCUGGUAUGAUUGCUGGGUUUAAGCUGCUUGAGCGCUUGCACCCUGAAGACCCGAAGCGCAAGGUUAUUGGUAUUGAUGCUUCGGCUACGGUUGAGGCGACUCGUGCCCAGGUGCUGCGCAUUGCCAAGAACACCGCUUCCAAGAUUGGUCUCACUGCAGAGGAUAUCACGGAUGAGGAUGUCAUCCUUGAUGACCGGUACCACGCUGGGAUCUAUGGUAUUCCUGAUCGCCAGACUUGGGAUGCUAUUGAGUAUGCUGCUCGCAUGGAAGCAUUCAUUACCGACCCGGUGUACGAGGGCAAGAGCUUUGCCGGCAUGGUGGAUAUGAUUCGUCGUGGUGAGAUCAAGGCCGGCAACAUCCUUUACGCACACCUUGGUGGGCAAUUGGCCCUCAAUGCAUACUCGGAGCUUGGCCGGACCAGCGAGUAG